UAAUGUAUUUAGGUCAAUGAUAAAAAAAUAUUUCCAACAAAACAACGUUUUUCAGUGAAAAAUGAGUCUUUUCGAUAUAGAGGAUGUAAAGGUGAAACCGGACAUUGUAUGCGUCUACCCGGACCCAGAAGUCGCAUCACAUGUAGCAAUAGUAAUCGAUAAUGGGUCCUAUCAGUGUCGUGCCGGUUGGGCCUCCAAAGACGCACCUUCGUUGACUUUUAAAAAUGUAUUGGCUAAACCACGGAAGGAUCGCAGCAAAAAGGAUGCCGAACUCGCCGUUCCAACCGUCCAGAUCGGAAAUGACAUCACUAACAUCGAGGCGGUGCGGUUUCAGCUACGAACCCAAUUUGACCGUAAUGUGGUUACCCAUUUUCACGUACAGGAGCAGAUUUUCGAUUACCUGUUCAGUAAAUUAGGCAUCAAUUCAGAAGGAAGCGUACCACACCCCGUGUUAUUGACUGAAUGUCUUGCUAACCCCAACUAUAGCCGGGGGCUGAUGGCUGAACUGAUGUUUGAGUGUUAUGGUAUUCCGGGACUAGCGUACGGGGUGGAUAGUUUAUUCAGUUUCAGCUUUAACAGUAUUAUGCAGGAUGGUCUCAUAAUUUCCUGUGGGUAUCAUACUACACACGUUAUACCAGUUCUGAAUGGACGUAUGGUACAGGACAAGGUACGUCGAAUAAAUUUAGUACACGUGAAUGCAAUUACUUUGAGUCGAGCUGAAACAAUGAUUCACAAUUACUGCUCGCUUGCCUACGACUAUAUAGAAUCCUUGAAGGACUGGGCGUUAUUGGACUACUACGAUCGAAAUGUAAUCAAGAUACAGCUUCCAUUCAAUCAAUCAGCUUCCGCACCCACAUUAACAGCUGAACAAAGAAUUGAAAAAAGAAAAGAGCUUUCGCGAAGAUUGGCUGAGAUUAAUUUACGAAAGCGGGAAGAGAAGCUAGCCCAGGAUAAGGUUCUUCUAGUUAGACUGAGUGCAGCGGAGGAAAACUUAGAUGACGAAAAUAUUUCCUUCACCUUGCAAGAGUUUGGACUAAAAAAUAUCGAUGAACUAAAAAAGACCAUUGUCACACUGAGAGAUCGCAUUGCUAAAAUAACACAAAAAAUGAAUGCUCCACAAAUCUCCCAGGAGGAAGAGAAACCACGUCUAUUGCAACCACCGGUCAAUACGACCAUACAGCAAUGGGUCAUCGAAACCCGUAAGAAGCGGGAUGAUAUUUUGGAUCGCAAACAGACUCGCAAGCAACGCAGGCAAGAUCUUGCGAAACGACGGACCGCAGCGGCUCAGGAGCGAAUGCGAAUAAUUUCUCAUCUGGCCAAGAAAGAGAAGGGUGUAGAUGACUUUGGAAUGCGCGAUGAAGAUUGGGACGUAUACAAGUCGAUAAGCCGCGACGGGGAUAGCGAUAGUGAAGCAGAGAACGAGAAACUUAUUGAAUACGAAGAAAUUCUCAAACAACACGACAGUAGCUAUAUUGAGCCCACGACUGCGACCGGCAAUAUUGCAGAGUUUCAUCAGUUGCACCUCGGAGUUGAAGGUAUUCGAGUGCCGGAAAUUCUGUUCCAGCCAAGCAUGGUUGGAAUACAGGAAGCAGGUCUCGCCGGAACUAUCGAUUAUGUGUUAAAACUAUUCCCCCAAGAAACUUUGCCCAGGCUGGUUAAUAAUAUCCUACUAACCGGAGGGUGUGCCAAUAUCAGGGGACUCAAAGAACGGCUGUCAAGAGAACUUAUGCAAAUGUUGUCAUUUCGGUCGACGUUCAAUCUGAAGCUUGCGUCGAAUCCAGUUUUGGACGGUUGGAGAGGUGCGAAUCGUUUCGCUAUGAGUGAUAACUUCGACCAGUCGUUGAUCACCAAGCAGACAUAUGACGAGUGCGGUGGGGAGUACUUACAUGAGCAUUUGGCGAGUAAUUUUUACUAUCAAACACCAGCAAGCUGCGGGUUAAAUGAUACUUUUACAUGA